GUCAGAUUUAUCGAGCGUGUAAUUUGCUAAACGUUUUGUGAGAUUUAUGACAACGUUGACAGCUUAAAUGCCUUCCAAGUGCAGUGUUCGGCCGAUGCGGUGCUUAGUGUUUUCCGUUUUAUGGCUGGCGCUAAUGAGCGCUGGCCAGGCCCAGAUUCCCCAAGCGCCCUUUCAACAGACGCCGUUCCAGCAGCGACAGCAAGGAUUACAGCUGCAACAGCAGUCCGCCUUUCAGCGCCAGCGACAACAGGCACCCGGACAAGGCAUCUUUCCAGCUCAAGGCACUGCGCUGAAUCCACUUAACCCACUUAACCCGCUCACCUCACCCAUAACACCACUUGGCGCUGGCGUACAGAAUCCAUAUCGAUACAAUCAGUACAAUCAGGGCAACUACGUUCCCAUCACUGCGUAUCAAAAUGAACUGAAUCUCGAUGGAAGUUUCUCUUAUGGCUAUGCAGCAGCAGAUGGCACCACGGCCCAGGCUCAGGGCUACGUCAAGAAUUUGGGCUACGGCGAGGGUGUCGAGGCGCAGGUUAUACAGGGAUCGUAUUCGUACACUUCUCCCGAGGGCACGCCUAUAACUGUGCGUUAUAUUGCUGAUGAGAAUGGCUUCCGAGCCGAGGGAACUGGCAUCCCAGCGACGCCGCAGUACUUUGUGGGCGCUCAGCCAUAUCAACAGGGCGCUCUCAAUCCGAAUUUAAAUCCCUAUCAAACCCCGUAUAGACAGCUGCCGCCAUCGUCUGCCGCAUUUCGUCCAGCACCUGGACAACAACUGACGCCUCUGCAACAGCAGCAGCAAUUGCAGCAACAACGAAACUUUCAAAACUCCGGACAAUAUCAACCUGAGCAACAGUUUAAUACGCUGCAUUCGGGCAAUUUGCCAGCCCAGUAUGCCGGACAGUUUGGUCAACAGCUUGGCAACAAUUUAACGCCACAGCAGCAGCAACAGGCACAACAGAAUCUAAAUCAGCAGCAGCAGCAACAACAGCAGCAACAACAACAACAGCAGCAACAACAGCAGCAGCAAAAGGAUCAGCGCAACGAGCAACAGCAACAGGCAUUAAUCACACAGCAAUUGCGAGGCAGACCAAACCAGCUGGUUGAUCCCUUUGGCUAUAACCAAUACAACAGACGCUUCAAGAAGUCUUCAAAAUCUGAAAAGCAAUAAAAUUCAUAUCUGAGUUGUUUAUUUCCAGUUAAUCGACACUCACUUAAUCGUUAAUUAUGUACAUUUAGUCGCAUUCAAAUGCAUGAAAUACAUG